CUUAGUCACACAAAACACACACACUCACACUCACAUACACUCCCUGUUUUCUCUUUCCUUCAACCGUGCUUCUCUAUAUAAAUAUUACUCUGCACUCUCUUAAAUCUUAAAACCAAAACAAACACCUCUCUAGUACUUCAUCACAAACUCUUAUCUUCAAUUCCAACUUUCACUAUCAAAGCCUUUUCCCACUCUCUCUCCAACACAUAAACAUGUUUACAACUAACAACUCUUCCUCCAACACAUCAUUGCCAAAUUUAGAGGUCUCUCGUGAGAUGUCAGUUUUCGACGAAGAUGUGCGGUUAGCUGCGAGUACACCGAAGAAGCGUGCAGGGAGGAAGAAGUUCAAGGAGACUCGCCACCCGGUGUACAGGGGUGUGAGGAAGAGAAACUUAGAUAAAUGGGUCUGUGAAAUAUGGGAGCCUAACAAGAAAACUAAGAUUUGGUUAGGGACAUUUCCAACCGCCGAGAUGGCAGCCCGAGCACACGAUGUUGCCGCAAUGGCAUUAAGGGGCCGCUACGCCUGUCUCAAUUUUGCAGACUCAAGGUGGCGGCUCCCUAAGCCAGCUAGUACUGAGGCAAAAGAUAUACAAAAGGCGGCCACAGAAGCCGCCGAAGCUUUCAGACCAAACCAGACUUUACCGACUAAUGAUAUUGACGAGACUUUAACGGUUAAUGACAUUGACACGACGGUUGUUGCCGCUGCAGGUGCCACAGAAGAGCAGAAUAUGUUUUCCAUGGAAGUGGAAGAAGAGGAGGUGAUGAACACACCAGAGAUGUGGAGGAAUAUGGCGAUAAUGUCCCCUACACAUAGCUUCGAGUAUGAGUAUGAAGAUAUUAAUGUACAAGACUUUCAAGAUGAAGAAGAGGAUUUUAAAAUAUGGUUUGUAACCAUAGUUUGGGAUCUGACAUUAAAUUUGUUCAUGUCUCUGCAAUUUAUAUGCUCAGCAAUUUCAUUCUGAAGGUUCAGAAAUACUGAAAAGUGUCCCGGCGCGAAAAAUAUCCUGGAGCACACUCAUGCUCGAGAUGAUAGCAGAGUCGCCACCGAACUUUAUUUAUUCCAAAAGGAAAGGGAAAAUAUCGAUAAAACCCUUAAAAGAAACUGAAAAUGAUCGUCGCAACCAAAUUCAAGUUCGAGAGUCGAUUAUGCAAGGGGAAGGUAUUAGCACCCCUCACAUCCGUUGUACUCAACGAGAACCAUUUUGUUAUAUUUGUGAAUAAAACGUUAACUUUCGAUAUUUUUUUUCUUCUAGAUAUUAAGAGUUUAAAAGGAAAAGAGAAAAGGCCGCAAAAAAGGUUUUUAUUAUGGUGCUUGACAAGAUUAAGAGUCUUGCUCCUAUGUAUCUUCAGGUGCGAUGAGGAAUUCAAAGCUACGUAGUUAUGGCAAGCCAAAAUAUAUGUUUAGGUUUUUUGGUUAUAGUGUUUGACGAGACGCUGAGUCUCAUUCCUACGUAUCCCUAUGUGCGAUGAUGAACUCAAAGCUACGUAGUUCUUGGUAGCAAAUGAGUGUUGAUUGAUUAGUUUUAAGGAAUGAAUGUUUAGAUCGCAUUCUAGCGGUUAAAUGUUGCUUGUAUGCUCGUAAGUUGAGGCUUAAGCAUUUGUUUCUAUCGGGGUAGAACGAACUAAACAACGUUCUUUUAUGAAAAGGUUUUCAAUCACGCAAGGGAGAGAAAAGAUAGUUUCAUAUGUUAAAUUGCUUUUAGGAGGACGACGAACGCUCGAUAAAACCAAGGUGUGUUCCUCGGGGCCGAUUGUUUGAGGUUUCAAGGAGUAUGUACCCCAAUGUACCUUUUUCAUUCAAAGUGUUUAUGAAAUUUAUUUGUGGAAGAACAACAUUUGGUAAGAUCAAGACGUGUGCCUCGGGGCUGAUUGUUCGUGGUUUCAAGGACUGUGUACCCUAAUGUACCCUUUUCAUCCAAGUUUGAUUACAUGUUUUUAUAAUGGAAUAAGAAUUAUUGGUAAGACGGAGAAGUGUGCCUCAAUGAUGAUUAUUCAAGGUUUUCAUAGAGUGUAUACUCCAAUGUUCCUUGUCUUCCAAUUUUAUUAAGAAAAAGAUUUUGACAAAACACUUAAGUUUGAAAAGAAGUUGAUUUGCAUUUGAAAAUGGUUUUGAAUUGAUGACAAGAUGGUUGAAAAAUGAUGAGAGGCGCAAAAUAGGGAGUUCAAGCCUGAGGGCGAGGACUCUAACAUAAGGGAGUAACUUAACGCCACAAUUUGUACAAAACGCGAUAUCGCUUGCACAAACGCAACAAAAUGAUAGGACAAUAAGAUACAUAUAACAAUCAUAAACAACACACAUUCAUCACAAACAAAUCGAAAAUUAAAUGUGCGCGUAUCAAAUUAAACACAACACGAGAACACAAAUUGAGUUCAUGCAACGUGAGGAUAUGUAAUACUAAGGUACCAACGCAGAAUUCAAAUGCAAUAAAAUGAAAAUAUUGCACGCUGCCACAAAUCAAACAACAAGUUGCUAGUGCUGAGCGCAGUCAUCGCAAGUAAAUCGAACGCAACAUAUGUUAUCAUAAUGAGAGUAAAAUCACAACAAACAAAAAUUAGCAAAAACAAACGCGAGUUAGUGUUAUGCUGAACCACCAACAAGGUAAAUACAAAUUUGAAUUAAAGGUUAUGAUAACAAAUUCAAUAUGUCGUGCGUAAGCAAAAAAUAACAGUAAACUUACUAACGUGGGAUGCACUCAUCGCAAUCGAAAUCAAAGCAUAAAUAAAGCGUGACAUGCUUGCUCAACAUAACCAAAACAAAACGCUUACAUGUUAACUCACACAACGACAAUGAAAUCCAAAUGUCGCACGUCAACAAAAGAAAUAAUAGCAAACUGCUAACGCGAAACACGCUCAUCGCAAUUCAAAAAAAUUAUAAAAACCAAUGCUAAUGAUUUUAACAUUUAGACUUGGUUUCAACAUAAGGAAAAUGAAAACAGAAACACAAUGUAACUCAAUAAAUUUUUACAAUAUUACAACAAAAGGAAAAAAAUCCAACAGAGUCACGACAUACGAAUCACGUCAAACACACGAAACAUUCAGAUCCGAUCUCAAUGUGACAAGAAAACAAAAAGCAUCACACACACAGUCCCAAAUUAUUUACAUCAUCUCAGAGUGUUUACAACAUCCAAAAUAAAAAAUCCAGCAUACACAGCGGAGCUGAACGCAAUCGACUCGAAAUUUAAAUAUAUGAUAAAACAACUCAUACACAGCAAACAACAUAUACACAAAAUGUAAAACAAAAGAUUUAAGUUGUAUCGUUACCAAAUGUUGAAGUAAUGUGUAAUCAUCGUGCUAAGCAAUCCGUCAGACUCAUUCUCGAAGCUUUCACAUGGCAACUUUGAUAACAGUGGAUCAAACAGUUCUGUUGUCGGGGGAAAUAUGUUGGUGUUAUGUGUAGUGACUGGAAAACAGAGGUUACUCCGACGUAUGCUAGAUGGCAGUGUACAAUGCAAGGUUGAAGGUGGUUUUAUAUGUUGGAUGGUGGUGAGUACGAUUUAUGUUGUAGUAACUUUGGUGGUGAGAGAGGAGAGUGAUAACCAUGAAACAUAUCACGUUUCUGACUCGAUACAGAUGUCAUUUUAGCCCGUUUUAUUUCCAUUUUAUGGUUUUAUGCUGGUGUUAUUAUGUCUAUUCAGGUAUUUUCCCAGUAGAGGAUUUUCUGUGAGAAAUAUGGAUGAAAACAACAAAGAACGGAGAAGAAGGACAAAUUAUGCACUCAUGUCAUUCACCAUGGUGUUUGCCAUGGCGCUGGCCAUGAAGUGGCAGUCAAGCGCCACAUAAGGAUGAAGAAAAGUAAAAAAGGAGCAUUUCAGAACUCAUGGCGUUCGCCAUGAAGGCCAUGGCAUUAGCCAUGGACCUUGAAGAUCAUGUUAUGUAGGUUUGCACUCAUGGAGUUCACCAUGAGGCCAUGGCAUCCGCCAUGGACUUUGAGGCCAUAAAAAUAGCAACAACUUGGCCCAAUCUUUCCCACUUCAGCAGAAAUAUCUCCACUACUCCUACACGGAUUCAACCACUUUCAGCCGUUCCCAACACUAUAUAUAGCCAUAAAAUUUAGGUUUUUAUUGUCCAAGUUUUAUCAGAAUUAUUAGAGUUUAUAGCACUUAUUUUAAGAAGAAGAAUUCACUAUUAUAAAAGUUGUAGUUUCUCACAUUAAGGGACUGCUACAACUUAGAACUAGGAAUUUCUUUGUGUACUUGGAUCAUCAUUUACAUCAAUCU